AUGUCAGACGCAAAGUACUUUCAAAGAGGCAAGAUUCAAGAGCUACGGGCCGAAUUGAACUCGGACAAGCGCGAUCCAAAGCACCAGCGCAAGAAGACAGUGAUGAAGAAAAUCGUUGCCAACAUGACCAUGGGAAACGACAUGUCACCUCUCUUUCCUGAUAUCCUCAAUGUUAUGAACGUUCCCAUUCUUGAAAUCAAGAAAAUGGUGUACCUGUACCUUAUCAACUAUGCGAGAAGCAAGCCUGACAUGGCCAUGAUGGCGAUGACCACGUUCAUCAAGGAUGUCGAAGACCCCAACCCACUUAUCCGUGCUCUGGCUAUUCGUACUAUGGGCUAUAUUCAAGUCGAGAAGAUUGUCGAUAUCCUUGUUGACCCCCUCCGACAUUGUCUCAGAGAUCGCGAUCCUUACGUCCGGAAGACAGCAGCUAUUUGUGUUGGCAAGCUCUACAUGUAUGAUAACAUCUUGGUCGAGAGCGAGCAUUUUAUCGACAUGUUGAGGGACUUGCUUACCGACGCCAAUCCCACGGUCGUUGCCAAUGCCGUCGUUGCACUUACAGAGAUAUCCGAAAGAUCCGACAACAUUCAGCUCAAAUUGAAUCAUUCGAUUGCCAGCAAACUUGCAGCAGCAUUGAACGAAUGCAACGAGUGGGGUCAAACAUACAUCUUGGAAGCGUUGAUGUACUAUGUGCCACAAGAGCCGGGAGAUGCAGAGAUGCUUGCUGAACGUAUUGCUCCUCGUUUACAACAUGCCAAUUCAGCCGUCGUAUUGACAUGCGUCAAAGUGAUCAUGUAUAUGAUGAAUUACAUGCGCAACGAAGCCGAUGUCAGCGCCUUUUGCCGCAAAUUAAGUCCACCACUCGUCACUUUACUCUCGUCAGGCCCUGAAGUUCAAUACGUUGCCCUUCGAAAUAUCUUGCUUGUCAUCCAACGACGACCAGAAGUAUUGCGCAACGACAUGAAGGUGUUCUUUUGCAAGUACAAUGACCCGAUCUAUGUCAAACUCGCUAAGCUUGAAAUCAUCUUCCGCCUGGCAAAUCCACAAAACGUUGAUCAAGUAUUGAGCGAAUUGAAAGAAUAUGCCGCUGAGGUGGAUGUUGAUUUUGUACGUAAAGCUGUGCGCUCCAUUGGUCGUUUGGCCGUCAAGAUUGAGACUGCUGCAGAGCGAUGCAUUUCAGCGCUCCUUGAAUUGAUCCAAACCAAGGUGAAUUACGUGGUUCAAGAAGCUAUCGUUGUUAUUCGGGACAUUUUCCGCAAAUACCCAAAUCAAUACGAGAGCAUCAUUGCAACGCUAUGUGAGAACCUGGAUAAUUUGGAUGAACCAGAAGCAAAGGCAGCAAUGAUUUGGAUCAUUGGACAAUACGCUGAUCGCAUCGAGAACUCGGAUGUAUUGCUGGAUGAUUUCCUUUACACCUUUUUGGAGGAGCCUGUAGAGGUUCAAUUGGCAUUACUUACAGCAACCGUGAAGUUGUUCAUCAAACGCCCCACUGCUGGUCAGGAGCUAGUGCCCAAGGUGCUCAAGUGGGCUACUGAGGAAGUGGAUAAUCCUGAUUUGCGAGAUCGAGGAUACAUUUAUUGGCGAUUGCUAUCAACGGACCCUGCAGCAGCUAAAGCUAUUGUGUUAUCCGAAAAGCCUCCCAUUUCGACUGAAAGCGACAACAUGGACACUGCAUUCCUUGAUGAAUUAUUGUUGCAUGUCUCCACUCUUGCAUCCAUAUACCACAAGAGCCCAACUACCUUUAUUCACCGUUACAAACCUCGUUAUCUGAUGCCAUCUCCUGUUUUACAACGACCAUCCUCUUAUUCUCAGCCUUUCCCAUCUACACCAACAAUGGCACAGCAACAACCAGCAGUAACAGCACAACCCCCAUUACAACCACAACAGCAACAGCAACCACCGCCACAACAACAACAACUUCCGCCUCAACAGCAACAACUCAUUAAUUCCGGACCAUUGCCAAACGACCUCGGCUACAAUAGCCUUGCAGCUAAUAGACAUUCAUUCAAUGGUAUGAACGCACUUGCCACAGCCAAUCCUUAUGCCACUGAUGUGGUAAACCAGCAGGAUGUGCGACCAGCCCAACAUGCACCAGGUGGAGUUGAUUUACUUCUCGACUUGUAA